AUGGCCAAUGCCCAGCAACUUUGCAACGAGAGCUCCGGCUUCAGCUAUUGCGACGUUAACACGACGAACAUGCUCGAAGAUAAUCUACUAUCCCUUAUGAGGCAGCCUCUUCCUUUGCCAGACCGUCCUCCUACUAUUCCUUCAACUGAAGAUCUCUUUGGAGAUCCUAAAUUGGAGCCUCGACCCUUCCGAAAGGAAGUUUCAAGCGUCUGCCAAAAACAACAAUCACAGGACCAAACAGAGACCGAUCCUGAACACAAAGUGAACUUCAUUGACCAACCCAUCCUGGUUGUCGGAACCAACAAGAAGAACAAAGAAGGCAGCCAAGAUGCCUCCUCACCACACCAUCGUGAUGAUGAUGUUUCUUUGACCUCCUCCUGUGACCACCAAGGCUUGACCCACACACACGUUGCUGAGAGCAUGGCUCGAUUCCGGCCAUAUCAAGACAACAAGUGGAAUGCGACUUUCGAAAGGCUCGUUAGCUUCAAGAACCAGUUCGGACAUUGCUGUGUUCCACACUCGUUUACUGACGAUCCUGCUCUUGCUCGAUUGGUCAAGAGACAGCGCCACCAAUACAAGAAAUGCAUAGGCAAUGACCCGACGUCUACUCUGACCACCAGUCGUCUCGAGCAGCUCGAGUCGAUUGGGUUUGUCUGGCAAUCUCAUGCUGCCGCUUGGCUCGAAAAGCUCGAAGAACUCAAGGAUUACAAAGGACAGACAGGCAACUGCAACGUCCCAUCGGGCUACCCCGAGAAUAGUGCUUUGUCAACAUGGGUGAAGAGUCAGCGACGUCAAUACAAGUUGAAAUCGUCGUCCAUGACCAUGGAUCGAUUUCGAGUACUGAAAUCGAUGGGCUUUGUUUUUGAGCCACGAUUCACUGUAUUAAAGCAGACACAGCUUGAAAUGAAAGCAUGUGAUACCAAUAUCUCUGAUACUUGCAGAGAGCUACAACAGUUAUAA